GAGAGAGAGCGAGAGAGAGAGAGAGAGAGAGAGAGAGAGGGGAGGGGGUGUAAGGAAAAAAGAGAACCAACUUUCUAACUGCAGGCUCUGCCUCACCGAGGGGCUUCAGCACUGCGCUUCUGUGAAGUGUCCUCUUACCUAGGGGUGUGCCGCGGGUGUGUAUGAGGGAGUGUGUGUGUGUGUGAGCCAGAGCUUUAGGAGCCAUGUCGGACCCCAGGGACAUCGACGAGGAUGCCAUCCUCAAGGGACUCAGUCCUGAGGAGAUUGAUCAGCUGGAGUACGAUCUGCAGGAGAUGGACCCAGAGAAUGCCAUGCUGCCUGCUGGCUUCCGGCAGCGUGACCAGACGAAGAAGACCCCAACAGGUCCGUAUGACCGUGACGCCCUGCAGCAGCACCUGGAGAAGCAGGCCAUGGAGCACCCGGACAGGGACGAUCUGGUGCCCUUCACCGGGGAGAAGAAAGGAAAGACCUUCGUGUCAAAGACGAAGAAAGAGAUCCCUGCACACGAGCAGAUUGUCCUGGAGCCGGAGCUGGAGGAGGCUCUGAAAAAUGCCACAGACGCAGAGAUGUGUGAUAUUGCAGCCAUCCUUGGGAUGUACACUCUGAUGAGCAACAAGCAGUACUACGACGCUCUGGGCACCACGGGCACCAUCGCCAACACAGAGGGCAUCAACAGUGUAGUGAAACCAGAUCCAUUCAAGAUCUUUCCCGAAGAGCCGCCCAACACCACCAACGUGGAGGAAACCCUGGAGAGAAUCCACAACAACGACAGCAGCCUGACUGAAGUCAACCUCAACAACAUCAAGGACAUUCCCAUCCCAACACUCAAGGAGAUCUUUGAGGCGAUGAAGGGAAACUCUCAGGUCGAGUCUCUGAGCAUCGCUGCGACCCGCAGCAACGACCCUGUGGCCUUUGCGUGUGCUGAGAUGCUGCAGGAGAACACCAGCCUGCAGAGUCUUAACAUCGAGUCCAACUUCAUCACCGCCGAUGGCAUGAUGGCGAUCAUCAAAGCUGUUGCCAAAAACGUCUCACUGGUGGAGCUCAAGAUUGACAACCAGAGGCAGAAGUUGGGAGACUCGGUUGAAAUGGAGAUCGCCUCCAUGUUGGAGAACAACUCCAGCAUCCUCAAAUUCGGAUACCAUUUCACGCAGCAGGGUCCCCGCGCCAGAGCUGCCAUGGCCAUCACACGGAACAACGACAUGAUUCGCCAGCAGAGAUUAAGAUGAGAACGACGAGUAGCUUAAAGAAGAACAACCUGCAAACUGCCAUCGUGCCGUCUUUCCCAGAGUCUAAAUGAAUCAUCCCAAACGCAGCUGGAUCACCGUGCAUGGUGCAACCCAAUUAACAUCCAUGUCAGAUCAUUUCAUUUCAUUUACCAUAUCCAGCUUUUUGUAGACUGCUGAAUUAUCAUAAAGGCAUGUAUAGGUCACAAGCAAAAAUGUGAAGUGUCUUUUUUUUUAAAAUGCUUUUAGUUUGUGCAUUGCCAACGUCAUCCCAAACCCCCCAAAAAAUUAACUCUUCAUUCAUGGAGAAAGAUUUCUAAUGUGGUGCUAUCUGUUGGAGGAAACGAAACUGUAAAUACUUUAAAUAAAAUAUAUAUUCAAGUA